AUGUUCAAGUCGGUUUUUAAAUCAGGUAUAAGGGCCACUUAUGACGUCCUGAGUAAUGCCUCAUUUGUUAACGAGCCAUGGCAUAUUUAUACGGCAAAGCAUAACACCACGGGGAAGUUGGCAUCGGUGUUUAUAUUUGACAAGGCUAAGUUUGAGUCUGUAAUUCACCAAUUAUGUUCAAGGAUUUCCAACACAAAGAACCCCAAAGUCAUUAUAAACGAGUGCUAUGAGCUCAUCAAGUAUGAAGUGGGGCAAAUGGCGAAGUUGAAACAUCCCCAGAUCUUAACAAUCUAUGAAGUGUUGGAGGAAACGAAGCUGAAGUUCCUAUUUGUAACGGAAUCGGUGACAGACAAUUUGAUGACUGUGGAUUUUGAAAAACUAGACGAGUUGAGUAUACAAAAGGGUCUUUUGGAAGUGUGUAAAGGUAUUCAAUUUUUACACAAUUAUUGUUCCAUUGUUCAUAUGAACUUGCAACCUUCUUCAGUUUUCAUAAAUCAACAAGGUGACUGGAAAUUGACUGGAUUCAGGUUCUUGCAAAAUCUUAAUGAAAUAUCUCCACAAGAGCGGGAAAGCUUUUUCCUUAUGAACAAUACAUCUUCCGUCCCAUUUAUGAACUUGAACAUGAACUUUGUUGCUCCAGAAUUAGUUAUCGAUCGUCAACUGAAAUUAGAUUUUGGUAAUGAUAUUUGGUCAUUGGGCUGCUUAAUUUACUAUAUAUAUAAUAAGGGGGAAUAUUUGCUCAACUGCUUUGAUCAAAACAGCAUAAGUGAUUUCAAAGGUGAAUUUAGAAAGUUUGAAACCAAGUUCUAUAACCAUAGAGUUUCUGAUUUGAAAUAUGUGUUGAAAGAUAUUCCGGACCAACUAUAUGGCACAUUUCCUUCCAUUCUUGCAAGAUAUCCAAGCGAUAGAAUUAACAUAGAUCAGUUUAUUGAUUCGGAUUAUUUCAAUGGAAGCCUCAUCAAAGUCAUGUGGUUUGUCGAUG